GUCACUUGCUCACUCUUCACUCUUGGACACUCUCCCCUCUGCUUGCGGCUAGGGUUUUUUCCCUACUCUCUUCGGUUUCGCUCUUCUUCAUCUCUGAAUCUAUGCGUCAUCCCAUGGAUUUUUCACUUUUAUAGGGCUUAGUGGUCCCUUCCUCUUUGGUAUUACGCUGUUGGAAAGUGGGUUCAUUUCUGUAUUGUUGUAUUCUGUAAUGGCGACCUUGAACCCCUUUGAUUUGUUGGGUGAUGACGCUGAGGACCCGUCACAGCUAAUCGCGGCUGAGCAGCAGAAGGUUGUGUCUGCUCCCAAGAAAGCUCCUGGUCAGGACCAUGUCAAGCCGAGACCUCGUGCUCUUGCUCAGCAGAACAAGCCGGCUCAGUUGCCUUCGAAGCCAACCCCCCCAUCUCAGGCUGUGAGGGAGGCAAGGAAUGAAGCAUCUCGUGGAAGCCGUGGAGGUGGAAGAGGAGGUGGCCGUGGCUAUGGACGUGGUCGUGGAGGAAGUGGACUUAAUCAAGAUUUCUCCAACGAUGAGAACUUGUUCAGUGGCAGUGGAGGCCUUACUGUUCAAGGUGCUGUUGUAGAAGGAGAAGCUGGGAAACCUUUAGAAAGACGUGGUUAUGGUGGACCUCGUGGAUCUCCCCGUGGUGGUCGUCAUGGUGGAUUUAGCAACGGAGAAGUUGGUGAAGAGGGACGCCCACGAAGGAUGUUUGAUCGCCGGAGUGGCACUGGACGCGGAAAUGAAUUCAAGCGCGAAGGUGCUGGGCGUGGUAACUGGGGAACUCCAACUGAUGACCUUGCACAGGCAACUGAGGAAGUUGUGAAUGACAAUGAGAAAAAUUUGAGUGAUGAGAAACCUGCUGAGGAAGACGUAGCAGAUGAAAACAAGGAGAGUCCUGCUAAUGGAGCUGAAGAAAAAGAGCCUGAGGAUAAGGAGAUGACCUUGGAGGAAUAUGAGAAAGUGCUGGAAGAAAAAAGGAAGGCCUUACAAGCACUAAAGACUGAGGAGAGAAAAGUUGACGCUAAAGAUUUUGAAUCCAUGCAACAGCUGUCAAGCAAGAAAGACAAUGAUGAUGUCUUUAUUAAAUUGGGAUCUGAGAAGGACAAGCGUAGAGAGGCUUUUGAGAAGGAAGAGAAAUCUAAGAAGUCUGUCAGCAUUAAUGAGUUUCUGAAGCCUGCUGAAGGAGAAAGAUACUUCAACCCAGGUGGCCGUGGUCGGGGCCGUGGACGUGGUUCAAGAGGAGGUUAUGGUGGCAGUGUGAACCACAAUGUGCAAGCGCCAUUGAUUGAAGAUCCUGGGCAGUUCCCAACCUUGGGUGCCAAGUGAGAUUUUGAUUAUCUCUGCUGAAAAACUUGUCCCUUUGUUUCAAUUUUGGGUUAUGUGCUUUCUUCUAAAGCUGGAAAAGAACCAUGCUAAUUGGAUUUCUCUCUAUUAGCAGGUUAUUUAAAUUUACGCCUUAAAAUGUAAAUUUAGGUUGUUCUUCAGAUGAUCUCAUCUCUCUGUAGCCUCUUUUUAUUACUGACCUUGGUGGCAUGUCAUGCUGGAUAAACAAACGUUGCUUAGUUUAAUUCCUUGAUAUAUCCAAUACGCAGUUUUGCUUGAAAA